AUGCACGGGGAUGUCGUCUCUGACGACGUCGCGUUGGCCGGCGUCAAAAAAGAGAUACUUCGGUCUCUUCCCUACUGGAAGUCGUUCGUGGAGCUGCGCGAGGCCUACCGCCGGAGGCCAAGGGUCGCCGCAUGUGACGUCGUCAUUGAGAGCCGCAUGGCAUGCUCCCAUUUCGUGGGCGUGGACGUGCUCUGGGUGCGGUCGGAUGUUGUGCUUGUGAACUGGCGCAGACCCACAAAACGAAGCCGCACAACGGACGUGCCACCUGAGUGCGUCGAGGUGCAUCUAAGUUUUGGCUCUAUGCAUUUUGUUCACCAAAACGCCCACGUCGUCGGCGGAGCUCGUAGCUACGACCUGCAGUCGGUGGUGUGGCUGCAGCGACCCGAACAGCUGCAGUGCGUGGCAGGGAACAUGGUGCACUUCGCCUUCCUCGUCUACGGUAUGCUGCACUUCACUCCAGAGGCCGGCUCCGUCGCUGCACCGCAUGCCAUUCUUCCCCCACCCACCGCGGCCGUGUUAGUGCUUGGAAUGGGUGGAAAUAGCAUGGAGUGGGGACUCCGUUACGUACUGGGGGAGGAGGCGCACAUUUACAUUGCCGAAGUCGAACCUGCUGUGGUAGGCACAUGCAGGAUGGCUGGCCUUCUCAAGGAAAAUGCGAACACACAUCUUUCCCUAUGCUCUGCGGACGAGGCCAUUCGAAAAUGUCCAGAGAAGUGCACGUUUGUCUUCAUGGACCUCUUCGAGCCGCUCAGUGGAACCAUGGUAAAUACCAUGCCCCUUAUCCAACAGGUCUUUGACCUUCUAGAACCCGCUGGAAUUCUUCUCAUCAAUGAGCACAGUAUUCCUACCACAGAGCACCUUCUGCCCCUCUUGCGCCAAUUUGGGGACCACAACGUGCAGUAUAUCAACGUUCGAGGUUGCAAUGAAAGCAUUAUUGCCGCCGUAAAGCCUGGAAGUAGCACGGACGGCUUAGGGUGCCGGUGUUCCAAAAAGCUUGCAGAAGAAGUCCUAAACGUUUUUGGAGAUGUCUUUCCGGGGUGGAUGCCAGGUAAAGAAUACAUUAAACGCACCAACGUCCUCUACGCGAAGCCUAACACGUUACGCCUUCGCGCACGUCAAUGGACCUCAUAA